CCGCAGCCAAGCGUGUGACAACCCCCACACUCGCCUAGCUGCAACUCCCUCCUCCCUGAAAUCCUUCCUUUUUAUUCCGGUUUCCAGAGCACGUCUCCAGGCUUCGACGACACCACGCUGGGACGUAAGUGCCGAGGGCCGCGGCGUCUGACGUCAUGGCGUAGAGCCUAGCAACAGCGCAGGCUCCCAGCCGAGUCCGUUAUGGCCGCUGUCGUCCUGAAGAGGAUGAGGGGGCCAGAACAAGCGAAACUGCUGCCCGGGUCGGCCAUCCAAGCCCUUGCGGGGUUGGCGCGGCCGCUGGUCUUGGCGCUCCUGCUUGUGUCCGCUGCUCUAUCCAGUGUUGUAUCACGGACUGAUUCACCGAGCCCAACUGUACUCAACUCAGCUAUUUCUACCCCAAAUGUGAAUGCUUUAACACAUGAAAACCAAACCAAACCUUCUAUUUCCCAAAUCAGUACCACCCUCCCUCCCACAACGAGUACCGAGAAAAGUGGAGGAGCAUCUGUGGCCCCUCAUCCCUCACCUACUCCCCUGUCUCAAGAGGAAGCUGAUAACAAUGAAGAUCCUAGUAUGGAGGAGGAGGAUCUUCUCAUGCUGAACAGUUCUCCAUCCACAGCCAAAGACACUCUAGACAAUGGCGAUUAUGGAGAACCAGAUUAUGACUGGACCACGGGCCCCAGGGAUGACGACGAGUCUGAUGACACCUUGGAAGAAAACAGGGGUUACAUGGAAAUUGAACAGUCAGUGAAAUCUUUUAAGAUGCCAUCCUCAAAUAUAGAAGAGGAAGACAGCCAUUUCUUUUUUCAUCUUAUUAUUUUUGCUUUUUGCAUUGCUAUUGUUUACAUUACAUAUCACAACAAAAGAAAGAUUUUUCUUCUGGUUCAAAGCAGGAAAUGGCGUGAUGGCCUUUGUUCCAAAACAGUGGAAUACCAUCGCCUAGAUCAGAAUGUUAAUGAGGCAAUGCCUUCUUUGAAGAUUACCAAUGAUUAUAUUUUUUAAAGUAAUGUGAUUUGAAUUUGCUUAUUAUGUAAUUUUAUUUGCUUGACUUUUUAUAUGCUAUUGUGCAGAUGUUUGCCAUAGGCAAUUGGUACUUAAAUGAGAGGUGGGUCUCUCUUUUGCCUUGGUGCUUUGGAAAUUAAAUGUCACAAACGAGUAUAUAAUUUUUUAUCUGUACUUUUAGAGCUGAGUUUAAUCAGGUGUCCAAAAUGUGAGUUAAGCAUUAUCUUAUAUUUACACUGUUAGUUUUUAUUGUUUUAGAUUUAUUAUGCUUCUUCUGGAAGGAUUAGUGAUGCUACUUUCAAAAGAUCCCAAACUUGUAACUAAGUUCUAACAUAUCUGUUACUGCUGACUCACAUUCAUUCUCUGCCAUUCGAAUACUAUUUUUUAUCCACACAUUUUUUUGUGUUCCCAAACUGUAAUGUACAAGGACAUGUGUGAUAAUGCUUUGGAUUUGAGUAGUAUUUUUUUUUCUUCCAAGAAAACUGCUUUGGAUAUUUUUAGAUAAUUUAAACAUAAUUUAGGAUAACGAUAUUGCUCAAUCUGACCACAAUUUUAGGUAAAACAUUAAAUGUGUCAAGAAGUCUUGGCAACAGGGACUCUGCAGCUUGCAGUGGACAUAGAUAAAAUGUUACAGAGAUACUACUAUUUUUUUGGUUGGGAUUACUAUAUUUAGAAGUAGAAACUGGUAAAAUGUUAAAUACAUGUACAAUUGCUUUUAGUUAGCAAUUGAUUGUAGCAUGGGUUCCUCCAAGGUUUCAAGCAAUGGGCAGAGUUUAAAGUUAUAUCAGAUUUGUUUACUUCAUUUAUUAUUUUACAGUAAAUUUGAAUAAAUCUUAGGGGCCAUUAUCAAAUAAUACUGUAUCUAGGUCUUUCAAGUUAAAAUUAUACCUGAAUGAAAUUGUUUGUAUACAUAAAGGAUAUUUGUGUACAAUGACCUUUUUUCCCCCACACUUGCUUUCUUUUCUUUUUUAUGGCAACUGGAAAUUAUUUACUAUAUUUCAUUUAUGUUUGUCUUUCUAUCAUAAAGAAUUGAUCAAUAUGUAAAUAUGUGAUUUGAACCAUGGUUAACUUACAAGUGUUACUACAGCUUUUUAGAAAACAUAGCCCUAAGAUAUGUUAAGCAGGGCCCGGGUGAGCCAGUGGGCUUGCGCUUUAUGUAGAGCUGGAAGAAGGCCGUCCAUCCCGUCUCUCGGGUGGAGAGUGUACUUUCCUAAUAAGAAAGGGAAGCACAAUGGAAAUACCCCGAACCAUUUUAUUGCAGUAAUUUUUUUCAUAUCUGAAACUAUUAUUUAAUAUUUUGAAUAAGAUUUUAAAAAAUAAAUGGCAAAGAUAUAAAUCUAUGA